AUGAGCUUAGCUGACAGAAAUAGGUAUCGCCCGCGACCAGCCGUAGGAAUCGAAGGUGGAAACACCCCGUUAUCCAAGCCACUACAGAAAAGCGUGUCAUCCAACUCGAUAGACCGUCUGUCGAAGCCUUUUAAAUGUCCGGGGACUGCCACCCCUACGCGAACUUCAGAUAAGCCUGCGAGAAAACGAAGGAAAGUCAACUAUGCAGGAGCAGAUGGGGAGGUGGAGGACAACACCGUCAAGCCAUGGACCAACGAAGAACGUCUUGCUCUUGCGACAAGAGACGCGAAUAAAUUCCCCGUCUUCAAAGUCAAGGACAAAGAAACCACCUUUAAGCAAAGAUUUCGAAUCCCUUUGAUCAACAAGUCCUCUGAUGGAUAUAAUCCUUCGAGACCAGCUCCCACUUUGGGAAUGAGGCAAGGCGCCACUUUUGUUGUGAAACCACUACAUGAUCCCAGCGGAGAAUUUGCGAUAGUUCUAUAUGAUCCGACCGUCGACGAUAUUGAUGAGCCUCCGGACUCGAGGCCCGAAGACAAGGAUACCCAGGAAACUAAAGCCAAGCUGGAUGAGCCGCUGAUGCACAAGAGCCUAGCAGAUAUACUCGGGCUGAAGAAGAAGGUUGAAUCUCGUCCUAAGGUCCCAGUGGUCAUAGAUCCCAGACUGGCGAAAGUUCUGAGGCCGCAUCAAGUGGAAGGUGUAAAGUUUCUUUAUCGCUGUACAACCGGUAUGAUAGAUAAAAAUGCGAAUGGUUGCAUUAUGGCCGAUGGUAUGGGAUUGGGCAAGACUCUUCAAUGCAUUUCCCUGAUGUGGACACUUCUGAAGCAAUCACCGGAAGCAGGAAAGACGACAAUUCAGAAGUGUAUUAUUGCUUGUCCCUCCAGUCUGGUUGGAAAUUGGGCCAACGAACUCGUGAAAUGGCUGGGAAAGGAUGCAGUAACGCCAUUCGCGAUAGACGGCAAAGCCUCGAAGGCAGAGCUCACCUCCCAAAUAAAGCAAUGGGCAAUCGCAUCCGGGCGGGCCGUAGUCAGGCCUGUUCUCAUAGUUUCUUACGAAACUCUUCGAAUGUAUGUCGAUGCAUUAAAAGACAGUCCAAUUGGGCUUCUUCUGUGCGAUGAAGGCCAUCGACUCAAGAACAAAGACAGUUUAACAUGGACUGCUUUGAACAGCCUGAAUGUGACUCGCCGUGUGAUUUUGUCUGGUACCCCCAUUCAGAAUGAUCUCUCGGAGUACUUCGCUCUACUUCAUUUUGCCAACCCAAAUCUGCUGGGCUCGCAAAACGAGUUUCGAAAGAGAUUCGAAAUACCUAUUCUAAAAGGACGAGACGCUGCAGGAACAGAGGAAGAUCGGAAGAAAGGCGACGAGCGCUUGGCAGAGUUGUCCGGUAUUGUGAACAAAUUCAUCAUUCGCCGGACGAACGAUAUUUUGUCGAAGUAUCUGCCGAUCAAAUACGAGCAUGUUGUCUUCUGCAAUCUUUCCCAAUUCCAGCUUGAUCUCUACAACCAUUUCAUUCAAAGCCCCGAGAUCAAGAGCUUACUUAGGGGAAAGGGAAGCCAACCUCUCAAGGCCAUUGGAAUAUUGAAAAAGCUAUGCAAUCAUCCGGAUUUACUUGAUCUCACUAGAGAUCUUCCAGGUUGCGAACAUACGUUUCCCGAGGACUACGUUCCACCUGAAGCUAGAGGUCGAGACAGAGAUGUCAAAUCUUGGUACUCGGGAAAGAUGAUGGUUCUUGAUCGUAUGCUGGCUCGUAUCCGUCAGGAUACCAAUGACAAGAUUGUUCUCAUCAGCAAUUAUACCCAAACUCUCGACUUGUUCGAGAAACUCUGCCGAUCGAGAGGCUAUGGCUCGUUGAGGCUGGACGGUACUAUGAACAUAAACAAGCGGCAAAAGCUCGUCGACAAAUUCAACAAUCCAGACGGUGAGGAAUUCGUGUUCCUUCUAAGCAGCAAGGCCGGAGGCUGUGGAUUAAAUCUGAUCGGCGCAAACCGCCUUGUGCUGUUCGAUCCAGAUUGGAAUCCCGCUGCAGACCAGCAGGCCUUGGCUCGAGUUUGGCGUGACGGACAAAAGAAAGAUUGUUUUGUUUAUCGUUUUAUUGCAACUGGGUCGAUUGAGGAAAAGAUCUUCCAACGUCAAUCCCACAAGCAAUCACUCUCAUCAUGCGUCGUGGAUUCAGCUGAAGACGUUGAGCGGCAUUUCUCGCUGGAGUCACUACGCGAGCUGUUCCAGUUCAAGCCAGAAACGCGAAGUGACACUCACGACACAUUCAAAUGUAAGCGAUGCAGACCGGACGGAACGCAGUACAUAAAGGCUCCAGCCAUGUUGUACGGCGACACCAGUUCCUGGAAUCAUUUUGUGAAUGACGGUGAGAAGGGCCAGCUCAGUAAGAUCCAAGAUCUACUGAUACGCCAGGAGACUGGUGAAAAGGAUGUGUCCGCCGUCUUCCAAUAUAUUAGUCAUUAA